AGGACCAGAACUGAUUUGGCUUCUCUCUUGUUCCACGCUCUUCGCUUGCCUUCGUUUUUCCACUCUCCACUUUCUCCUUCGAAUCCCAUGCUGCAUGGCAUUCCCACCUCCCACUACAGCCCACCCAAUUCCUCCUCCUCCUCUUCCCAUAACACUGCCCUCUUCUCCGCCAUGAGAUCUCCAUCUCCAUGCCUCUCAUGCUCCCCUCUCCUCUCCCCCCCUUCUUGCUCCUCCCUUAUCUCCUCCUUCAGCCCUACAAAACGUUUUCCGGUGCUCCGCCCGCUCUCCUCACUCCGUGAGACAAAGAAGGUAACCUUACGCAAGGUCUCUACAAAUGUUCCUCAGAACCUACGGUUCGAUAACAGGAAGGGGCGGGGGGAAGGCAGUAACGCCUCCGAUGAUGGUGAGGGCGGCCUGACCGGGGAGAACGCCCUCAAAGGAACGAUCAUCGCUGGCCUCCUGCUCGUUGUUGUUGUCGGUGGGUUUGGCACGGCCGGGUACUUCUUUAAGGACCAAAUCAAUGCGUUCCUCACCCAGUUCUCCAGUUUUAUUGAUGGUAUUGGCCCUACCGGAUAUGCUUUAUUUGUGGCUGUAUAUGCUGGAUUGGAGAUUCUUGCGAUUCCGGCCAUCCCAUUAACUAUGUCAGCUGGUCUUUUAUUUGGAACCUUAACUGGCACCAUCAUAGUGUCUAUCAGUGGAACAGUUGCUGCUGCUGUUGCCUUCCUUAUUGCUCGAUAUUUUGCUCGUGAAAGGAUUCUUAAGUUGGUUGAAGGGAAUAAAAAGUUUCUUGCAAUUGACAAGGCAAUUGGCGAAAAUGGAUUUCGUGUUGUAACUCUUUUACGUUUGAGCCCAUUACUCCCAUUCUCUAUUGGAAACUAUCUAUAUGGUUUGACUUCAGUGAAGUUUUUUCCUUAUGUGCUGGGAAGUUGGCUGGGGAUGCUUCCUGGAACUUGGGCUUACGUGAGUGCUGGAGCAUUUGGACGUGCGAUAAUCCAAGAUGAAUCAGAUAUCGGCAUUCCUGGAGGAAGCAACCAAUUUUUAACUCUUGGACUUGGCCUUCUAGCUACAGCACUUGCAGCUGCUUAUGUUACCAGAUUGGCGAAGGACGCUAUUAAGGACUUGGAGUGAGGCUAUACAUCUAUUAUGUGAUCACCAUGGUACAUAAAUUUAAGCUUAUAAGAUUUGAGAGCUCAUCAAUGGCGUCAAAUACCAAACGGACAUAUAAAUCUACUUAUCAAUACCUCAACGCGGUAUUUUCUGCUAAGGCAAUUCCAUGUAAAUAAUUUUGUUUAGACUGUUAGUUCUAACGCUUUGCUCCCAAUCUGCUUCUUCCUGUUGGAUGUGAGGUCUUCUGGACGUAUUCAUCACAGGUUAAUAGUUUGAAAUGAAGGAAUUUAUUGAUGUGACGAUUUGAAA